AUGGCAAAAGGAGGGAAUUCCCAUAGGAAUACUUUGAAAAAUGACCAUAAACCUUUCAAAUCAAAACAUGCAACAAAGGGCCAAUUGAAAAACCAGUAUAAAGGUAAAGUGGAGAAGACAACAUCCAACAAUAAGCAAAAUAAAGCAUUAAGCAAGUUGGAAAGAAAGAAUUUAUUGAAGCAAACAAGAGAACAAAAGAUUUUAGAAACCAAACUUACCAAAAAGUUGUUUGAAGGAAAUUCAGGAGCUUCGAAAAUUAUCACUAUAAUAUGUUUAACUAAAGAUAUAUCACCUGAAACUAUAGCAAAUCAAUUAUUCGAUACAGAGGAAAGUCAAGAAAAAAUCCAAUUCAAUCAUCCAUCAAUCAACAACAUUAAAAUCAAUAAAUUUAAAACAAAUUUGAAAGUAGUGAUACCAGAUCAUAACAAUUUCUUACAAGUAUUGGAUUGCGCAAGAGUGUCAGAUUUUAUAAUAUUUGGCUUAUCAGCAAAAAGUGAAGUAGAACCAGAUUUUGGAGAAACAAUCUUACGUGCGUUAUUAGCUCAAGGAAUUGGUUCUGUAUUGGGAGUUGUGCCAAAUUUAGUGUCUUCAUAUCCAAAAAGAAAUUUCCAAUUAGAUGUUAGACAAUCAUUACAAUCAUUUUUCAAUCAUUUCUUUCCCGUUGAAGACAAUAAAUUAUUUGCAUUGGAGAAUGAAACUGAGAGUUCAAAUUGUUUGAGAUAUUUGUGUCAAAAAUUCCCACAACUGAUAAAUUGGAGAGAUUCAAGGGGAUGGGUUGUAGCAGACAAGGUAUAUGUUGAUGAUUCAUAUGAUGGGAUAGUGAUUGAAGGCACAUGUAGAGGAACUGGGUUGAAUGUAAAUAGAUUGGUUCAUAUACCUAAUUAUGGAGAUUUUCAAGUUGACAAAAUCGAGAAAAUCAAAAGAAUUAAUAAUAACAAGAGAAAUGAAAUGUCAAUAGAUGAGGAUGUGGAAGAUAGUUAUUUACCAGAUAGUUCUCAAGAUGAUUUAGAUGAAUUGAAUCCCAUAGAUCCUGGAGAAGGUAAUGAAGAUGAGGAUAUGUGGGAUGGAGAGGAAAAUAAUAGUUUAGGUGUCAAAUCAGAAGGAAAAAUUUAUUUCAACGAUGCACAAAAUGAACAAAAUGGGGUGAAAAGAGUACCGAAGGGUACUUCAGAAUAUCAGAGUCGUUGGUUUGUGGAUGAUGUACUUGAUGAAGAUGCUUCAGAUUUAGAAGAGGAACCCCAGAUCGAAGAGAGAGAUGAGAAAAUAAUAGACAAUGACGGAGAGAACACAACUGACUACAUGACAGAUUAUGCGGAAUCUGAAAUGCAUAUUGAUUUAUCACCAGAAGAAGAGCAACGACAAUUAGAAGAAUACAGAAGUAAACUAGCAAAAGAGGAUUUAGAAUUCCCAGAUGAGAUUGAGUUACAUCCAAAUGAAUUAGCUAGAGAAAAAUUGGGUCAAUAUAGAGGUGUAAAAUCAUUAGGUAAUUGUGAAUGGGAUGUCAAUGAGGAAAAUCCAAAUAAACCGGAGAUAUGGAAUCAAUUAUUUAAAGUUUCAAAUUUCAAAGCUACUAAGAAUAGAGUCAACAAGGAAUUUAUCAAAAAUAUAGAGGUUCAAUCUGGUUCAUAUAUUCGAAUAUUUAUUAGAGCCCCAAAAACAAUAUCUGAAAAUCAUAAUCCAUCAACACCAUUUGUGGUAUUUGAAUUACUUCGUGAUGAACAUAAAUUAGCAAUAACAAAUUUCUCAUUUGAAAAUUGGGAGGAAUACGAUACUUCAAUACCAAAUAAAGAAUCAAUGGUUGUUCAAUAUGGACCACGUAGACAAGUUAUUAAUCCGAUUUUUAAUCAAGCAUCAAAUAAUUCAAAUAAUGUACAUAAACAAGAAAACUUUCAACAUCAAGGUAUGACUACAAUUGCAACUGCCAUUACUCCAAUUUGUUUCACAAAUUCACCCGUAAUUUAUUUUAAAAUAAAUCCUGAAAAUGAACAAAAAAUAGAAUUUAUAGGUAAAGGAACUUAUCUAGGCUCAGAUUAUUCAAGAAUAAUAGUUGAAAAGAUCAUUUUAACAGGUCAUCCAUUGAAGAUCCAUAAGAAUUUGGUCACUAUAAGAUACAUGUUUUUCAAUCCUGAAGAUGUCAAUUUUUUUAAAGCUAUUCAAUUAUUUACUAAAAGUGGUAGAACAGGGUAUAUUAAAGAAAGUUUAGGGACUCAUGGUUAUUUUAAGGCUACAUUUGAUGGUAAAUUGACUUCUCAAGAUGUUGUUGGAAUGAGCAUGUUUAAGCGAGUUUAUCCUGAGAUGUCUAGAUCGUUUAGUGAAUAUGAAUAG